AAUAGGUGGUAAAGUAAGAUCAUAAUCCAAAACGUUUACAUUCAUUGUGGAGCCGAACGCCGAUUCCGCCAUCGUAGCACGCCGCCUGUUCCAAAUUUCGUCGUAGCUCCUAAUUAAUUCAAGAUGAGUAAGGCACACCCCCCUGAGUUGAAAAAGUACAUGGACAAGCGAGUCUUGACCAAGCUCAAUGGAGGGCGUGUUGUUGAAGGAACACUUCGAGGUUUUGACCCUUUCAUGAAUUUAGUGAUUGAUGAUGGAACAGAAAUCCGCAAGACUGGAGAGCGUGUGACAAUUGGCGUAUCUGUCAUUCGUGGAAGUUCCAUCAUCAUGCUGGAGGCAAUGGAUCGUAUAUCUUGAGAGGGGUACGAGCUACUCUCUUGGAUUGUGAACCAAAGAGGACUUUUUAUUUUUUCUCCUGGCUUAGUAAUAUUUUGUUUUGUGAAACUUUAAUGCCAAUAAAUCCAUUUUUGUAA